GCUGCAUCCGGGUUUGCACCAGCUGGCACCCAGCGAAGCUGCAACCCUCGGACGCCGUCCGGAUGAGCGUAGCACCAGUGGCAGCAGUUUCUGCAGUGUUCUCUGACGAGCUUCCAACAGCAGUGAUAGUGGCGAACGAACCGGUCCCAGCUGAAGGCGGAGGCUGGAUUUCGGCAACCUCAAUUCCUGCUGGCGCCUCAGCUGUUGUUGUUGAAGUACACGCCGCCGAUGUGGAGUCUGGUACACGACGGCCAAUAACUACCCCUGCUGUUGCCGCGCCGGAAGCUGGAGGACCAACCGAUGAUGAUGUUGAAAAGAGCUGUGGUCUGACUUCGCGUCGCUGGCACCAGCUCUUCGCUCUGGGCAUCGGUGUGCUGGAGGCCGUGUUCAGCCUCAACAAUGCCAUUGCUGAGGACGCGUUCAAGAUCGAGGAUGCUGCGAGCUUCGUCUUCGCUGCGUCGGCUGUCCAGGAGUCCGUCGGCCUCGCCGUGAUGCUUCUGCUCUCGCUCUGCAGAGCAAGAGUUGGGGAGCAGGAUGAGGUCAUGGAAGGGUUUGGCUCGCCGUUUGCGAUUCUAGUGAACGGCGUUCGGCAGACAGACAGGUCUUUAACCAAGACUGGGCAUUUCGGCGCGAUGUGCCAGGCGGCGGUCGUGGCCGUAACAGGCCUCGUGCUGCUACAGAAGGUGGACGCGAGGGGCUUCGUCAUUCUCUUCUACGCUCUCUUGGUGCUCUCCUGCGGUUUCUGCCUUGUCACGAACAACGUCUUCUGUGCGGGCUACUUCUGGAACCUGGUCGUCGUCUCUAGGUUAGACUCUGCGCUCGACCCUGACAACCCGGCUGUCGGCUUGACUUACGCGUUGAUUGCAUUGCCACUUGGUGUCGAUCUCGCUGAGAUUGUGUUUUUGUUCCUCGGAGGGCAAUCGUGGAACGCGACAAUAUUGACGUUGUUGGAUGUAGGUGUGACGGCCAUGGUCGUCUUUCCUUUCGGGUAUAAGCGGUUCAUGAGAGCGUUUCCAGAGGCCGCGCGGCGCCUUGGACUGGACUCGGGCCGCACGUGCGAUCACUACUGCUGUUUCUGUAACCUGGAAACCCUGUUGUAUGUUGUUUUCGUUUGAAAUGUAGUAUAGAGGAGUGUGGCCACUGGGACGGCUGUGACCUAAAAAAAAAAAACUCCCACCUACAUAGUUAUAUGCAUAAAUAGCACUCCACCAAAAGUUAAACUCAACCCCCCAAAUGCUGAUAUGGGCCUCGCCCAAUUGCCGUAUGAGGGCCUUGUCAACGACCUGUUCGGAAUACGGGGGGGUGUAUGAAAAGUUAUGACCGGUCAAUUGAAUGCGUAUUAUAUAUGGGUGUGUUUUAUUAAUUAAUUGUUUUUGUUUAGGGUUUGGGAUGUAUUAUUUUUUUUUUAGGUUUUGGGGAGACAAUAUCACAAGGGCGUGUGUUGAUAGACGUGCGUGGUUGUAAGGCGUGUGUUGUGCCGGGUGUACAAAGUAUUUAAGUUUGUAGUCUAUAUAGUCCCGUGUGCCAUCGGUUGCGAUGAGGGUUGGUUCGUUUUCUGUCAAUGCUAGUGUUAGCUGGGGCAUUCAGGGCUUGGCCGAUGACUUGGUCCACUUGAUCCAGCAGAUGAAAAUCUUGGGUAAAAAAUGACAAAAAAAUGUGAUCCGCGACGUA